AUGCGCUGGAUUGGCUCGAGUACUUACCACUUCGGAAGCCGCGCCUUCGCGCACAACGACGACUCGACAACGGAAGACGACCACCUCCUGGCGCCCCCGGAGUGGCACGCGAGCACGUAUCUGGAAACGCGGCCUGAUCCCGAGUCGAGUGAUUACAACGUCGAACAAGGAGGUCAUGUGGUACAACAACGACAAGCUGAAACUGCACACGUACAAGUAGAUGCGAAACGAGAAGAGGCUGUUCCUGUUGAAGAAGACUUGACACCUGCCACCAGUUUUUUGCUGACCACCUUUUCCUCCACUGGAGCGGCGACGGUGGAGGAAGCUCCUGGAGGACCAUCUUCAGCUGCCCAGAACGAGAAGAAGAACGACAGCAUCUUCACGGAGGACGUCAUCUCCGCCUCGUCGACUAGAGCAUCCCCUCACGAAACUUCUACAUCGAGAACAAUAACGAACGUGGACGGCGCUACUUCUCGCAGCACGCGCACAUCAAAGAAAUCGAACUUGCGAGGUAGCGCGAGGCAAGCUCAAACUGCCGUGACUGGCACCAGCAGAGUUGCGUUCCUGGAAGAUGCUGCGACACGACCAAGAACGGAGCAAGAUGAGAAAAUGAACAAACGAGAUGAACGAGAAAGAUCACGUCAAGAGCAAGAGCACGUCAAGAAUGAAAAUCAGUUAGUACAACCAGUGGAAAACAAGAAGAAGUUCAACUUGCGAGGCGGUGCGAAGAAAGCGUUGUCCACAGGUGGUGGAACAACAACGACAAAAAUACCGGGGUCACAACAAGAGCAGGAGGACUUUCUGGACGAGGAUCUGGACGAAGACGGCCUCGACCACGACCAGGGCCUCCAGGGGGAGGAUUCAGUCGAGACUGGGUCCGAGGAGGAUGAACAAGCGGAAGAAGCAGUAGAACGACCAGGGGAAGAACUAGAAGAAGAAGAACCUGAACCACCACUACACGACAACGACGACCAGUCGCAAGAAGAUAAUGACGCAGAAUCCACUGGGGAAUCUGAAUCCGAUGUUGCUGCGCAGGAUGUUCUACUUGAUGCAGGACGACGGGCAGGAACAGUAGCUCCAGGACUUCGAGAUCAGCGUUCUCCACCAGUUGUGGACGACGUUGGAACUAGAACUUCUACGACAUCAACAAACAAAGAAGAUCUCUCCUUCGCCGCAGGCGAAGAUGUUGAUCCAGGCCGAGGUGAGAGGACAAUGCAUCAUCAAAUAAGUGGUGCAACUGCAACACGAGAUGCUGCAACACGAGGUGCUGCAGCACAAGGAGGUGCAACACCAGCAAAAGCAGACCCGAAAAAUCUUCCACGACGGAAGAAGUCGAACUUGCGCGGAGCUGCAGGAGCUGCAGUUGAUGAAAGCCGGCUCGUGGUGUUGACCAAUUCGACCCCUUCUGCUACAGUAUCUUCACCCACCACACCACACGAGCACGACCGCUCUCACGGCCCCGGCGCUGGGGUUUUUUCUGUCUCUACUGCAGAUGUUGGCCCCGCCUUCGCAGGACAAGGAACAACGCAGAAGCGUGAAGUGAAAGUAACCAGCACGACGCAGAUGAAGGGAGCAAGGAACGACAGAAGAAAAGAAAUAGUUGUGGCCCCUGUUGAACAAGAUCAAGAAGAAGAGCAGCAAGAUGAGAACGGGAGUGUCGGAGAUGAAGCUCAGCAACCACCAGAACCUUCCUGGACCGUCAACCACUUCUACCUAUUAUCCCAGAGAAAAAAGCUGGCAGGUCAUAUUUGUAAUGCAAAAAUAAAUACAUAGAUAGACGUAUCUGGAAACGCGGCCUGAUCCCGAGUCGAGUGAUUACAACGUCGAGCAAGGAGGUCAACAUCAUGCUGAAAAGGGAAAUCACGACUAUGCCCGAGUUUCCGAAAGAAAUGAGGGAUGACUACGUGGAGGAAGAGAGCCAAGAUUUUUGUUUUGAGGAUCAGGAAGACGGGGGAGGUGUAAUUCUUGGCGACAGUAUUCUUGCAAGCACUUCCAGCAGCAUCGCAGGCGAUACUAGCAUGAUCACCGGUGAAGAGCUAAAUACAACAGGCCAGCAGGCCGAAGCGCACCAGGCCAGAGCCACAACCGACACAACCAUGACUACAGAUAGUACUAAACCCGUUCGAGAUAAUGAUAAGAUCAAACUCUUCCCGCAACCAAACUCCAAGUACUCUCACUCGCAACGACUCCGGCAGAACCGAAGAGCAGCGAACAAUAUGCAUUCAGCAAAAGCAUCGUAAUCGUACUUCUAAUUACAGAUAUGCGUGACAAACCUCCUCCUUGUACCUGAAACAGCAACACAAAUCAUAUUUGCCACGCUAAGCAGGAGCUACUACUUUGUAUUUCAAUUACCACUAGAAGUGCGAUGCUUCUCCACUGCAUAAACAAACGCCCCGACGCCUACGAGUCCUUUGAAUUGAAGGAGAAGCUUUACUACCCCAUGUAGAUCUGCAGAAAACCAAAUCUGCAUGAAUUGAAGGAGAAGUCGAUCUGCAGAAAACCAAAUCUGAGAAGGAACGAGACGACUGGCGAGAGGCUAUUGAGAAAUGGCGGAAUGUUGGUAGUGCAACUACUUGCGCCGGCGAGGACGAGGAGAAGAAAAAUCAAAACCAAAAGCCUCCCACGUUACCACUCCAUUUGACUGCCGUUACCGCCGGAAAUAGUAGUACUGCAGCUGCGAAGAUGUUGGGGACACCAAAGCAGGGAGGUGGUCUGAUGUUGCAAGAGUCGACGUACAACACGUACUGGAGCAAUAAUGAUUUCAACCAAAAUUUCUAUCCUGGUAACAACUUGUCCUCAGCAACUGCAGUGUCGUCUUCCUGUGCGGACGAGGGCGAUCAUGACCUAGACCCAGACGAGCAAUAUGAGGAGGCCAUGCGACUGAUGGGCCACGCANAGGCCAGAGCCACAACCGACACAACCAUGACUACAGAUAGUACUAAACCCGUUCGAGAUAAUGAUAAGAUCAAACUCUUCCCGCAACCAAACUCCAAGUACUCUCACUCGCAACGACUCCGGCAGAACCGAAGAGCAGCGAACAAUAUGCAUUCAGCAAAAGCAUCGUAAUCGUACUUCUAAUUACAGAUAUGCGUGACAAACCUCCUCCUUGUACCUGAAACAGCAACACAAAUCAUAUUUGCCACGCUAAGCAGGAGCUACUACUUUGUAUUUCAAUUACCACUAGAAGUGCGAUGCUUCUCCACUGCAUAAACAAACGCCCCGACGCCUACGAGUCCUUUGAAUUGAAGGAGAAGCUUUACUACCCCAUGUAGAUCUGCAGAAAACCAAAUCUGCAUGAAUUGAAGGAGAAGUCGAUCUGCAGAAAACCAAAUCUGAGAAGGAACGAGACGACUGGCGAGAGGCUAUUGAGAAAUGGCGGAAUGUUGGUAGUGCAACUACUUGCGCCGGCGAGGACGAGGAGAAGAAAAAUCAAAACCAAAAGCCUCCCACGUUACCACUCCAUUUGACUGCCGUUACCGCCGGAAAUAGUAGUACUGCAGCUGCGAAGAUGUUGGGGACACCAAAGCAGGGAGGUGGUCUGAUGUUGCAAGAGUCGACGUACAACACGUACUGGAGCAAUAAUGAUUUCAACCAAAAUUUCUAUCCUGGUAACAACUUGUCCUCAGCAACUGCAGUGAGUGUCGUCUUCCUGUGCGGACGAGGGCGAUCAUGACCUAGACCCAGACGAGCAAUAUGAGGAGGCCAUGCGACUGAUGGGCCACGCACCGCUGCCGCCUGACGUUGCGCCGCAUGUUCUGAUCAACAACAAUUCAUCUGCUUCUACUGCGACCACUGAAGAUGCUGUUGAGAGUAGUGUCAUGGCAUUUGCAAGACCACCAGCACAGGAAGGAACACUCCCGGGAGCUGCAUUCAGCACGACGACUUCAGGAUCGAUGACUAGAGUGAACGCUCUUUCGAGCAGUCCGGCGGUUGACGCAAAUUUUAUCGCGCCGUCCCCGUUGGCGCAACCAGGUGUGGCCCGCUCCGCCAACAAUCAAGAGUACUACCACCAGGCUGCGAUUUCUGCGUUUGAAAGGGGAUAUCAACAGGCAGCAGAGUAUGAAAUGAGAACUACACAGCAAAUUUAGCCGCGUAUAUUGUACUUCUGCACGACCUUGACGUAUAUCAACUGGUCUCGAUAAACUACAGGGAUUCCCUUUAGCCUCAACACAACUUGCAUGCUUGUUCAGUUCUGUGGGGAAGUCUUUAUAAGUAAACAAUUCACGUGCUCUGCAUUUGUUCAUGCGUCGUGUUGCACAAGCUGAUGUACGGUGGCAGAUUUGUAUUGCAUAAACAGCAGGCGAUGAUGCUCGCGGCUGGACAAAACAAGGACGGACAAAAUAUAAACCAGCAGCAAAAUGCAUCAACUUUCGUCAACGCAGCAUCUUCUUCCGGACCUUCCUCUUCUUCCCCGGGUCUUGCAAUCAUGAAUCAGCAGCAAUUGUAUUGCGGCGCUAGUAGCACUACUUCUAACUACGGCACGUCCGCGUACCCCACCAGCAUGAACAACAAGAACGGCGGAGCAUCUUCUAGCGGAGAAAGCUUUGCGUACGCGGGCGAACAAAUAAACCAUGGUGCCGGACGACUAUCAGGAGCAGAAGCAGUGCACGAAAAAACUCAAGGCAAUAUUAGCACGACCUCUUCGCCCAGUAAUAGCGACUGGAUGAUGUAUAGUGCAGGGUUAUACAGCUGCAAUGGUUUCAGUGUUCAGGAGAACCGAAAGCCUGCGUGCUGCUUUGCAGCAUUGUGUUCCGAUUUACGUGUAAACUGUAAACUUACUACGACCACACAAAUCUCCAAGUUUUGGUUGCUGUGAAUGACAAGUUUCCCUCUGCAGUACACUUUUGGUUGGCAAGGGAAGCCGCAUGAGAAAGCCAUUUAUUUGUCAUUCUGUUUACAGCAUUACAAAUUCCAAAACACGAUUGGCAAUGCCUCUCGUGGAGCUGCGCAUUACAACAAAUCGAUUCCUGUCAUUGCGCAUGUGCAUGACAACUCUGGGCAGGUGGGGACGUUUUUACCCAGGAUAUAUCGGGGAGCAACAUUCAACCGAGGCCGAGGCCUCCAUCAACGAUCACCCGCUCUUGGUUUUCAAGCAGCCACUGAAAAAAGUCCAUGUCAUAUCCAAGAAAAAAAAACAUUGUAGGAGUCGAGUGAUUACAACGUCGAGCAAGGUGGAGGUCAUGGUCAACAUCAUGCUGCUGGUGAUCACCACCACCAACAAGGUCGAGCGAGCACGAGUACUGGUCUUCAACCGCGAUUACACAACCCCGCCGACACAGCGCCGCGCAGGGACCACACGAGGAAUAGCGGUACUGGUCUUGUACCGCGCCUCUGGACCGAGACGCGCAUGGCUGCGCGCACCAGCGAGGACCACCUAA